GUCGAAAAGAGGCGGCGAUAACUCCUCGACUCCUGUUCGUACGACGCAGUACGAUUGUAACGUCACAAUGCGUAAACAAAACAAAACGUCUCAACAACUACAGUCUACAACGGGAUCGGGACCAGAGGUGGACAAGUCGACGGCGGAACCCGCAAUGCCCCAGACACCUUCUCUAGGGACUCCCGGUGAUCUGACUGAGCUAACGUCAGAAAUAAAACUUUUACGUGGUGACAUGUCAAACCUCAGGAACCAACUAUCUUCUGCUUUGGACUCCCUGGCUAAGUGCCAAACCCGUAUGGAUGAAAUAAACGGCAAACUCGCAGACACCGAGCGCCGGCUGCAGGCUUUGGAGGACCAGCAAUCGCAAAAUGUACGCAUUAAGGCUACAUUACAGGACCUUGAAAACAAGUACAACAUGCAAGCACAACUUGCUUUAAGAAAUGAAAUAGAAAUCAUCGGUUGCCCAGAAAUCAAAAACGAAAAUCUACAUCACACUACAAUGGCCAUAGCCACCAAGAUUGGUAUCAGUGUAUCGGAACUAGACAUAGACUUUGUUUCAAGAGUGGGACCCAUAAGAAAACAAUCCAGCAACGAGUCUAGCCAAGCACCACGGCCUGUGAUUGUACGUUUUGCCCGCCGGAAGGACCAGAGAGCGGGCGGGCCAGGCAAACUUCAAAUACUGUUGGACUCGAAGUGGAUUCAUCUACACAAGAAAGCGAGACGGUGCAGAGGCCAUCAAGAUCACCAGCUACGACUGUAUCGACCGCGUCUUUGGAUCUCCACAGCAGCCUGAACUUGCUUCUAAAGGC